GAUAAAAAAACUGUCACAUAUCACAGUCAAACUACGAAAAGGCCUACGAGUCAAAUCUUUCACUUCAAACCAAAUUUUCGCUGGCUAUCAUUCCUAGGUUGUUGGGCAUGGCUUCAAUCAUACAUGAAUGAUGUUUAUUUCUAAAACUCUGCCCACCUUUUAUCAUUCCCCUGUAUAGUGGUUCAGUGUACACUGUCAUCCAACAUAGUACGGUCGCAGUGCACUGAAAGCUGGACAAAGAUUUCAAAUGUUUGAGGCAGAAUAUUGGCCCCUUGCUCACAAAUGCUAACUUCAAUCUCACUUCAUGGAGGAAUGAAAGGCUACUAGGACAGGUACAGAUCUUCCAAAUGAACAAAUCAGACUAAGCCUUUGAAAGGGACAUUCCACCAGUUCACCUGUUCCCAGAACAGACUGCACACCUCAGCAUAUCAGUUCGACCUAUAACUCCUCCAUCCCACAUAAGGAGCAAGCAAUUCUUUCUGGUGAUCUUCUCCUCUAGACCACAAACAAUGGCCACCGAGUGUGAGCUGAAUAAAUCUCGCCGCUUCGAUCGUGGCAUGUCGAGGCGAACACGAAGACCCACGAGCCUUGUUGCUUGUUAUGAAGAUCGGUAUGUGCCGCCCUUGGCACGCCAGCUGCUCCACGAGGCCAAGCUGAAGAGAUUGCUCCAGUGUGAAGGUACAGAGCUGCAGGCACCUCAGCAAUGUGAGGGGGCAGAGCAGCGGAUGGAGAUUCCACAAGCACCACAGGUGUGUGAAGGUGCUGAGGUGGAUGUACCAGAGCAAUAUCAAGAUGAGCAAGAGAAGAAACCACAGCAAUAUGAAGAUGAAGAGCAGGAGAAGGAAGCACUACUGCACCAAGAUGAGGAGCAGAACAUAGCAAAGCAAUAUGAAGAUGAGGAGGAGACAGGGCAGCAGCAGCAACAGCAAGAUGAUGAUGUGCCAGAGCAAUGUCCAGACGAGGAUCAAAAGACACCAGAGCAAUACCAAGAUAAGGAGUUGGAGGAGAAGGUGGAGCAAAGGUCACCAGAGCAAUACCAAGAUGAGGAGUUGGAGGAGGAGGAGGAGGAGCAAAUCAUACCAGAGCAAUACCAAGAUGAGGAGUUGGAGGAGGAGGAGGAGCAAAUCAUACCAGAGCAAUACCAAGAUGAGGAGGAGGAAGAUGAUGAGCAAAACAUACCGGAGCAGUAUCUUGGUGAAGAGCAAAAGAUAGCACAAGAAUACCAAGAUGAGAAGGCACCAGAGGAAUGCCAUGAGGAGGAGCAAACGCCGCCAGAGAAAUGCCAAGAUGAGGAAGAGAAGACAGGUAAACAAUGCCAAGAUGAAGAUGAGAAGACAUCAGAGCAAUAUCAAGACAAAGAUGAGAAGACAUCAGAGCAACAUCAAGAUGAAGAACAGAAGGCACAGCAGGACGGCCAAGACACGAAGCAGAAGACCCUGGCCCAGCGCCUAAGCGUAAAAAAGCCGAUCAUGCCGCCACCUGUCGGCAACGUGCCACGGCUUUCCCUUCUGGAGCUGAUACGGGAGAAGCAGCUUGGCACUGGAGAAGGCAAAGCUGGCAGGGACUUGAGCUACGGUGAGAAUGCCAUUGCUGACCAUAGAGCAGCAGCAGCAGCAGCUGGCUGCACGACAUUGGCCAUGGUGAUAAGGCGAUCCGAUGGAGGAAAGAAGAAGUCGCCAGGAAUCGUCCGCCGGUGUGUGAAGGCCUUGAACCAGAUGAUCAAGGCCAAGCAUGGGUCCAAGAAGAGCGUGCCUUUCAAGGAGGUAUGAAGUAUGAACACAGACAGGUACACAGUUUCCUAGUACUAUACCCUGGACAUCUCGGAAUAAUGCACGGUUGCGCAAAAACUAGAAUUUUGGGCAUGAUGCAAGAUGAUAGAACUCCACAGCAAACCCCGUGCGCUGUCUACCUAGAACAGAUCUAUUAUAAGAGAUGUUGCUUUAUGGCAUCUGAUCAGUCAUGUACUUGCCCAAACGAUGUACCGUAUGAAACAUCAGCGAGCCUAUCUAGAUAUAUCUUGCGAACUUUUUACUA